CACUACUGCACUAGCGAAAACAAAAAGGAGCAAAAGGGGAGCAAAAGAUUUAGCUAGGGUUUUAGUUCCCUCCGUUUUCUUCUCCCUGUUUCCAGAUUUUCUCUGAACAAAGAAGAUUCAAUAGUGAUUCAAGAUAAUGGGCAUCAGGAAGGAAAACCCCAGGAAUAUGGGUUCUUCUUCACAAAAUACUAAAGAUAUUUUGACAUCAUUUAGUCCUUCUUCGGAUUUCUUUGCAAUUAGUUCUGGAGAUGGUCGGAUUAAGGUUUGGGAUACUAUUAAAGGUCAAGUCCAGACACAAUUCGCAGACAUUGCGUCGACUGCUAUGGAGACUAAUGAUGGUACAUCGUUAUACAAAGAAUCAGGAAGUGGGCAUCUUUCACUUGAUUAUACAUGUAUGAAAUGGUUAGAUUUGGAGAGAAAGAAGAAGAAAAAGAAGGUUGGGCAGUCGUUGUUAGUUGCGGGAACGGGUAGCGGUGACGUUAUAGCUCUUGAUGUAUCUUCCGGGCAAUUGAAAUGGAGAUCAAAUGAUUGCCAUCCUGGGGGUGUCAAUGCUGUUUCCUUUUCUUCAGAGAGUUCCUGCGUAUAUUCUGCAGGUGCUGAUGGUAUGGUUUGCAAAACUGAUCCUGCCAGUGGUAACUUAUUGGCGAAAUUUGAAGCUUCUGCGAAAGCGAUAUCCUCUAUGGUCAUCUCACCUGAUGGAAGGAAAUUAGCAACUGCAGCUGCUCAGCUGAAGAUCUUUAAUUGUUCUAAUAACAAAAAGAUACAGAAAUUUUCAGGCCACCCUGGUACUGUUCGUUGUAUGAUAUUCAGUGAAGAUGGGAAAUACGUUCUUUCUUCUGCUGCUGGGGAAAGAUAUGUUGCCCUAUGGGAGAUAGAUGGUAGCAAAAAGAAGCCUGCCAGCUGUGUUCUUUCCAUGGAUCAUCCUGCCGUCUUCUUAGAUUGUAAGUGCAAAGUGAGCGGGCAAACAGAUGAUGCAGGAAUCUACGUCUUAGCCAUCUCCGAAAUGGGUCACUGUUACUUCUGGUAUGGCAGACAUGUUGAGGAAUUACGAAAUGCCAAGCCAACAAGAAUCUCAUUAUCUGCUGAGGGUCACUUCUCAAAGAAUAGCGCAUUACCUGUGAUAUUUGCUGCAGAGUUACAAGGGAUCGUGAAACCUGGUUCAACACAAGUAUAUCUAGUGUAUGGUUCUAUAGUAAAACCAUCGUUUGAGAAAAUGCUAGUUACAUAUGGUACAGACAUUAUGUUAAAUAGUACCCAGGAGGGAGUUCUUCUGCCAUUGGAACAAUCGCACAAGAAAGGGCAAGUUUUACACACUAAAGUAACUGCGUUAGACCGUGCAAAUGCUGAAGAUGCCACACUUCAUCCGAAGCUUCAUAAUUUCAAGGAAAUGAAAAAAAGGCGUCGGCCUUCUAGUAUUGAUACCGACGAAGAGAUGACUGAUGGUAUCAUCAGCAAAACCAGCCAAACUAAACCUUUGGAAAUAGAUGAUGAACAAGAAAAAAAUGAGGAGAUUGUCGCAUCAAGCAUGGAGAAUAAGCUUAGAUCAUUAAAAAUUCUUAGUAAUGAAAGUUGCCAGUCAGCUCUUAAAGACUUAAUGAGUUCUACCAUGUUCAUUGAUGGCAAUUUUGAAGCUAAGAUCCCUCCAAAGAAGAUAAAAGCAAAUAUCAUGUCUUUACCGUCUCAUGAUGCAUACAAGUUGCUGACAUUCUUGGUGACCCUGUGGAAAUCAAGGUCAGGCAGUACAAAAUAUGUUCUACCAUGGAUUUGUAGUAUACUAGUAAAUCACAGCUCCUAUGUCGUAUCCCAAGAAUCCUCUUCGCAGUUGCUGGACUCCUUGCACAAGAUGACAGAAUCAAAAUGUUUAGCUGUUCAACCUUUGCUACAGUUGUCGGGUCGCAUGCAACUUGCGAUGGCAAAGAUUGACAAGAUUGGGAAGGAUACUACACACACAUCAGCAAACCAUGAUCAGUCUGACGAAAGUGAUGAUGAGGAUGAAGAUGAAAGCAUGCAGCUUGCGACGGCAAAGAUUGACAAGACUGGGAAGGAUACGACACACACAUCAACAAACCAUGAUCAGUCUGAUGAAAGUGAUGAUGAGGAUGAAGACGAAGAUGAAAGCAUUGGAUGUGUUUACAAGCAAGAUGAAUCUGAAAGUGGAUCUGAAAGUGGUAGCGAUAGUGAUACUUAAGGGUGUUACUGAAGGAGAUAAUGGUACCUUAUCUGAGUGAAUUCAACGAGUUGCGUCGGUGGGGCCCAAGAUGUACAAUAGUUGCAUCGCAGCUGGUGUUUCGCACUAUAUUAUAGAAAAUCAGCGACCAAUUAUGCGAGAUUCAUCAAUCUGGUAACACCGGCUUAAACUUUUGUUCAGGUUUGGCCAUGCUGUUCUUUGGGCCAUUUUGUAAGCCAUGCCAGUGUUCGUCUUAUGUUUGUAAUUUACUUUGCAUAAUUUUACUUUACCAAGGAAAAAUUACUAUAAUGAUGUUACUGUGAGAUAUUUAAGGUCAUUUAUUGUUUUAGGUUACAUACUUACAUGAGACCAUUAAUCCAUACAUAUGAAAAUUUUCACCCC